AACAACCUCCGGUAACCUUCCACACACACACACUCACAUUUCUCACACGGAAUCUCUCCGGCCGCAUUCCUCCGCUCUCACAUCCAAACCCCACGCGUCUUCUGGGGGGGGACACUUCUCUUUGGAUUUUAAUGCCUGAGUUAAUAAUUCAGCUGGCACUACUUUCGGGUAGUUUGCAGGUAUUUUCCUUGGGCGACAAGCGGCUGCGGUGCGGACUUCAGCACAUCCGCAAGCUGUGUUUAGGUGCUCUCUCCCAGCCCCUCUCUGGAUGCAUCAGACCCUUCCUCCCCGGGGCCCUGGACCCGGCUUGUGACUCCACCAACUUCACCCCAUUCCCCCUCCGUCUCCGCUCCCUCUGCUCCACACUCACCUCCACCUGUCUGUCCCAGAGCUUCUGCUCUGGGCCCCCUGCCCCUCGACCAGCGGGCAGAGGCAGGGGGCCAUGGCGCCAUGGUAGUCAGGCCCCUCGCCAUGAGCAGCGUGACCCCUUCGGAGAGCAGCAGGAUUCAGGGGUCAAACUUAACCCCGCUUCACUACAAGCCCUUCAGCUCGCAUGAACACUACCAGCAGGUGAUGAGUUCUCAUUGUAAACUCCAGGAGAGUGGCUUUUACUGGGGGGCCAUAGGGGGUCGGGAGGCCAACUACCUGCUGCGCACUGAACCCCCUGGCACUUUCCUUGUCCGCGAUUCGUCAGACUGCCACCACUUCUUCACACUGUCUGUACGAACGACUCGAGGAACCAAGAACCUGCGUGUCCACAGUGAGGGUAGGGGCUUCUUCCUGGAGCCAGACCCCCAAAACACAGAGGAGCUACCACAAUUUGACUGCGUGUUGAAACUGAUUGCGCACUACAUGGGGAAAGGGUCGGACACGGGACGGACCAGGGAUGGGGCGAACGGAGGAAAAAAAGCAGAGAAGGGAGGCACUGUUUAUCUCAUCCACACCGGUGGGGAGAAAAUCCCGCUGGAGCUGCGGAAGCCCCUAGUAAAUUCCCUCUCGUCCCUGCAGCACAUGUGCCGGAGGACGCUGAACGGAGCGGGACUAGGAGAGCUGGAGCGGACUGAUCAGCUCCCACAGACGCUCAGAGACUUCAUGGAGAAGUACGACGCUCCUAUCUGACUGACAGGGAACAGUGCAGAGCGGUUCUCAGAGCUGAUCAGACUGAGCCUCACAUACAGAGAUGAGGUUGCUGUGACCAGUAUCAGCAGAUUUCAGCGCCUUCUUAUUUUUAUUAAAUCGCUGUUGGACUCUGUCUACGUAAGCUCCCGGAUGCCGGAGUCCGAUUUGGGUAACCGACGAUUACCUCGUCUGUCCUGCCUUGGGAGAACCUGACCACUAGUGUUUUGUGGCAGAUGAAACCAGAGGUCAAAGGUCAAUGUUUCCUAUGACUGACUCAGACGCAGAGCAGAGCCUCGAAGAAGAUUGUAAACGAUGGUGGGAUGCCACUGCCGCUGACGUUGGUGGGUUUUAAUGCUCUUAAAGAAGCAACGUCCUUAUUUUUCCAACACUUUGGAUCACAAGUCAGAGAGACAUGGGGGGGGAGUGAAUAAAGGAGGAGCUGCAGAGAAAAGGCAAAGUCCAAACGAGAAGAGAGAGGUAGAGGGAGAGAGCCCAGCAUACAGUAUUUGUUUGUCUGAGUGUGUGCGUUGUGGUUGUGCACAUAUUUCCAUUCCCUUUUCCCGCAAAUGUUGCCACAUAGAGGGGAGUGGGCUGGCCAUGCACACUAGCUCCACACACACUUAUGCAGGUACAGGCCCACAUGAAGGUUUUGUGGGACAAAGAAAUUCAUUACAAAGCGUUUCUUCUUCUGCUGUUUUUCUUGUUCCUCCUUCGUUACUAUUCCCCCCCUUUUUUUUUUCUUGUGCUUUGACAGCGACAGAAAACAGACCACAGUCGCCGAGACAAAAGCUUGUUAUUGACACAAAGCCUUUGGCAAGGGACCAAACAAAAAAAGAAUAAAUAAUUUUUAUCCAGACUGCAACGAUGUAAAGAUCGCUGGAGAUUGGCAGUAAUAAUCCUGGGGAUGUGGAAGGAAGAAGGGUGGGAAGAUGGAGGGGGAGAAGAGCGGGAAAUGGGAUUAGGAAAGGGGAAACUGAAGGAGGAGGAGGAGACAUACUGGUAUACAGCUUGAUAAAAACACUGAUUAGAUUGAUGAUGCAGUCCAACAGGAUGUAGCUUGUGUAAAUAUAACGGCUUUGGCUCAUUCUGAAACCAGAUCUUUUUAGAACAUUUUAGCUAGAAAUUAAACAAUCUAACUUCUAUUUGCCAACACUGAUAUCUGAUUUAUUUUUUGGAGGUCUGACCUGCCAGUUCAGAUAUUUUUUAUUAUUAUUGUAGGACUACAAGACAAACCUAUUUGUGUAAAUAUUGUCUUAAUUCAGCAGCUGAACUGCUGCAGGGUCAGUGAUACAAACCCAAAGGAAAUUUAAGGGAUUAUAAGUUUUUCCCCCUAAUUUUUUUUCUAAGAAACUCAAAAUCCCAUCAAAGGUGUGAUGUUUACACAGCGAAAAAAAAAAGUUUAGUUUUGAUGCAUUUAAUGUACAAAAAAAAAUUAGAUGCACCUAUUGAUCAGCUAGAAAUUUGAAUCAGCUGAUUAUUCCCUUAGUUAGAUACAAGCCAAAUUUCUGAUUUUGUUAUUUUUAUAGUAAGCCUAAAACAAAGAUUGUCUAUUUGUGUAAAUGUUGUUUUAGGUCAACAAUCAAGAGUGCAACAGGUUCAUUUAUAGAGGUAGCAGUUUUGGAUCCAUAAGGAAAUGAAUAGAUUGCAGCAUUAAACAUUAUAAAAAGGUAAUGACAAGUGCUUAAUGCAUAAAGGAAUUAUGUUGCAAUUUUUUCAGUUUCUGUUGGAUUCAAACAUAUUACCUCAAUCAACCAUUUGUUUUCUUUAAUGUCUGAAAGUCCUUUAAAAAGAAUCGCAAUUGAUAAAAAUCAGAAUUAGCAGGUCAGACCUAAAACAAAAUAUUGAAAAUUGGUAUCGGCCAGGAAAAGCCUGAGCAGUGCACCCCUGCUGAAAACAAAUAAAAAGGUGAUUUUAUGCUAAUUGUGACCUUCAGACCACAUUUGAUGGGGUCCCUCUUAAAAACUGCAAUAAUUGGUAGAGCUGCACCGAUCAGACCAAUUCCAAUUUUCACAGAUCCCACUUUUUAAAAAAAUACUAGUGAUGACUUUCAUUAAACUAACAGUAGAUGCAUAUGAAUCUUAUUUUUCAGACAGAUUGAUAUUUGCAUCUCUAAGAUUAUCAAUAACAGAUUUCCUUUUGAGCCUUUUGUGUUGAAUUAUUUGCCUGCUCUCUCUCUCUCCUCUUCCUGCACCAUUCAUGAAGGAGUUAGGAGGGAACUUGCUGUUAUUUGGACUGUUUAUAAUUUUUUUUGUGCCUCUGGAGAACAUCAAGGGAACAAAAGAGUUCCCUUAAGAGAUUCUUAAAAAAUGCCUUUUGUAAAACUAACUGCAAGACUCAGAUUGGACCCAUAUUUUUAUCUUUUUGUUGUGUUUUCCUCAUGCUCAUACUCACCUGUGAUCCAUAUUGGAGUGGUAGCCUCUUUUUUUACAUCAUGAAACAGUGUGAGUUCACGUAGCCACAGUGAUGCACAUCGUUUUUUGUUUUUUUUUAAUGGUCAGAUCUGGGUCUUACUGUCUUGCAUCAAACACCAAGUUCUUACAUGUUGUGCUGCAGCAGUAGGCUGCGUGUGUGUGAAUCAUUUGUCUUUUAUAAAGACUCACUUGCAAAAGGCUGGCCACUAGUCUGGCAAAAAUACAAGCUGUAAUAUCUGCAAUGUCAAAAGCAUUACAUAAUAAAUGAAAAAGGAACAUUGCACAUAUUUAUAUUUCUAAAAUAUUUCAAUAAUUUAUAUUAAAGAGCACUAUUUUUACAAAAGCCAA